GGCUGCGCAGCGAUUGCGCGGCGGAUUCGAACUGUCCUGAGGCUGGCGGGGCCAGGAAAGGGCGGUUGGACCCGCGCGUGAAUUACGGGGGCCCCCGCGGUGGCGUGGAGGAUGAAGCGAGCGGCGCCCCGCAGUACCCUGCGGAACCUGAUAAAGAGACACAAGCCCCAGCUUCGUCUGGCGGCCAACGCCGACCUGCUGGUGCAUUUGAACUUCUUACUGUUUCUCCACCGAUUAGCAGAAGAAGCCAGGGCAAAUGCUUUCGAGAACAAGAGUAAAACAAUUAAAUCUGAACAUGCCAUGGCGGCAGCAAAGGUUAUCUUAAAGAAGAGCAGAGGCUAGGAAAUCAAGAAGUACUUUCUAAUCCUGCUUGCUUUACCCAGUGUAUUUUUAUUAACUCUUAAGUAUCAUGGCUAAGAUCCUCAGUUGGUAUAAAUAAGCAUAAUUUCAUUGAAUUCAGUAGAGCUACACUGCUUUACCUUUGAGGAAUUGGACUUAUGUUCUUAAGAAACAUUCAUGUUUAUAGGUGAUAUGCAUUCCUUUAUACAUGUGUCUCUUACCAAAGCAUGAGGCAAACACUUGUGGUGAAAGUAAUUUUUUU